UGGACCGAGGAGGAAAAGAUGGACCAUCUAUGACAGAAUGUGUCGUUAAGCCUAGGACGGGACAUAAUGGUCAUUGUAGCCGCAAGCCGGUCUUGGAAGGAGACCCGGGAUGUGAUGAUGAGGAAGUACCUAGCGACAGAGAAAAUGGCAACGGAGGCCGACCUAGCGACAGUUCAGACGAAGAACUUCGCAACGUACAAUGAUUUCAUACGGGAAUUUACUCGAGCAGCACUAAGGAUCCCCAGGGUCACGGACCGGAUAAUGAGCAAAUAUUUCCUCAGGCAGUUCUCCGAGUUCGACAAAUACAAGAUCCUGUCAGCUUACCAACAGACGAGCAAGUUCGUAAACAUGCGGGAUGUUGAUUUUAGCACGGUAAUGGAUCUGGCUGAGAAAACGGUAGUAACAGAGACGUUGACCUUGCUCAAGGAAGGAGAGAUCAUAGAUCUGACCGGUAGGACGGGCGACAAGGUAAAGAAGGGGAUUGAAAGUCCACAUGAACGGGUGCAUGGGGUCGACAAUAAGAUUGAAAGGAUGGAAGGCGCGCUACUGGUUAUGCAAGCGCAAGUAUCCCGACCUGCCCUCCCUCCCCAGGAAGCUGUGGUCCCACUAGGUGUAGCAAACCGGGGAUUCGGACGGAGAGAUCCUGCUAACGAGCAAUGCAAGUACUGCACCGCGAUAGGACAUUAUGUGCGCGCAUGCCCAAAGCUCAACCAUGAUAUUCUGAAAAGAAGGUGUACCAGAUCAUUAAAGGGGGAGAUAUUUGGACCACAAGGGGAACGGGUGAACUGGAACUCACCAGGAGGGAUGCGGCGAGCCAUUAUCAUGCUCAACGGUCUAGAAAUAACAGCCGUAGAAGCCGAACCGGUGGGCGGGAUCAUCAGGGAUCAGCUCCGGGGGCGUGGGCCGCAGACCAACUUUAUUUUGGAAAGCGACAGACGUGAUAGGGUGAACGCAACCACUCGACUGGGAACGGCCGGGAGAAGGAUUAACAGUGACGCCAUUAUGGAGGAGGUCGCCGGAAGCUCCGAACCCCUGGCGGAGCCUGAGGCCGAGGAACCAGAGAAAGUUUAUGGGAAGCCUAGGGAAGAGGAGCCUGCGGACAAAGUUACUGCCGCUAAGAAGAAGUUUAGGUAUCAAAUCCCGAUCUUAACCUUGCCUGAGCUCGACGACACCAUUAGCAAGUUACUAGGAACCAUGGUGUCAGUGUCUUUUCAGACCAUGCUGCAGGCUAGCCCUAGGUUGCUCAAAGGGCUCAGACAACUGUUGACUCGGAGGCGAGUAGAAAUAGGCGACAACCCCGAAUUACCCGAAGGGGAGAGGGAGGAGGAAGCUCCGCAAAAAGUGGCUAACCUUCAUAGGAGUCACCAGGACUUGGAGGAUCUCGAAAAGGCCUUUGCAAACAUUCGUUUGAGCUUGCCUGACCGAAAGGGCGGCGAAGUCAUGAGAUCGCCACCCGGGAAUAAGCUUAGCUUUCAUGUGCUGCCCGUAGGGAAACUGAAAAUCCAGAUCGGGAGUCAUCAUACCAACGCAUUAGUAGACGGGGGAGCAGAAAUCACUCUCAUAAGAAGAGAUUUCGCAACGAUCACAGGAUGUACGGUAAACAAGGAAGUAACAGGGAGCAUCCGGGGAGCUGGCGGGGAAAUCCCGUUCGCUGGGUACGUCACGAAGUGUGCUGUAAAGGCAGGGGUCAGAGAAUCGAUCUGGUCGUUUCAGCGGAUGACCGUAAUGGAGGAGAUGGACCACGACAUAAUCCUCGGGAGACCGUGGUGCGCGAACGUGGAGGUGAUAGGCAUGCACUUGCACGAUGACUCAUACAUGGUAGACAUAGAGGACCCUGUGACCGGUCGGGGAGAGCUCCUCCGACUCCUUGGAAUGGGAGGAGACCCCCCGAGGGAAAAAUUGGCAACAUAGUCGCCGUCGUUCGAGGAUAGCACGCGAAAAGGGGCUUUCGCACGGAUGGAGGGUAUGAGAGAAAGGGUAGAAAUCAUGAUUGAG